AUGUCUCUCUUAGCUCUGGGUCGCAAUGGGCGAUCCCAGGCGGGAGCAGAGGCCAGUGGCCUCGAUUCUCUGAUGGGCUGGGCCUACACUACGAUCGAGUUCACGUUAUUCCUCUGGUCGAUCGCCGUGGGCCUCGCUUAUGACGGUCUUGCAGCCCUUCUCACUAGCCGGGUCUACCGUGCCGGGGCUGGAGCAGUCCUCCUCUACCUGCUGGGUACCACCCUGAUUGAGCUGGUGACAAGCGGUGACGGGGGACCUGAGCUCCUCUUCUUCCUCAGGAUGGCCGUCUUCGUCUACUGUGUCGGCUAUCAGGUUCGCGCACUCUGUGACUACACCCCUGUCCGCGUCCUCCUCCUCCUCAGUGGAGGGUACCCCUUGUUCCGCCACGGGGUGGCGGCGAUUGCCGAGCCGUUCCGGGACUACGCGGCGAUGGGCCCUUAUGCAGGUGUGCUCCUCACCUUCUCCGCCAUCUACCUCGCCACGCGCUCCAUGGGGCGGCACGUUGGCUACUUCAUGGACACGUACAUCAAGACGUACGUGCUUGAGACCCGGAUCGAUUCCCUGCUCCGCCGAGUCCGUGGAGGCGACGCACUUGCCUUCGGGGGCAAGUACCCAAAUCCGCUAGGUUGGGCGUGCUUUCACAGCCUCACGAGAGUAAUUUUCAUUUUGGUUUAG